UCUUUCUCGUGUUUCUUUUAUAAGCUUUUUAUUUCUGAUUUUUCGUCUCUUCACUUGCUUCCAUUCCUGUAUUUCAUCCUUCUUCCUGAUAAACUAGAUCCAUAUACACAGAGCAAGUAAUUAUCAGUGGUGAAAUAUCUCAUCAUUUUUGUGUGUGAUAGAUAUUUCUGAGAGAAGAGGAGGGGAAAGGCAUUUUUCUUUUUCUUCUCAACCAGUGUUUUCUGCUUACCAUAAUCAAUGGAGGAGUUUUCAGUUGGGAAAGUUGAUGCGACCCAGAAAGUGGGACCAGAUGAAGAAGACAACGGAGGACUUGUCAGAGAUUUUGAGGAACUCAAACCUGAAGUUGAAUCUGUGAAAGAAGUUGUAGAUGAGAAUUCUCAGUCUUUGAAAGAAACUCAUGAUAUGUUGAGUUCUGAUAGCGGCAACACUCCGGAGGAAGAGGCAGUUGAUAAGGAUCAGAGUCCUUCAGGAAAGGAUUCAGGGACAUUGAAGGAGGAGGUGGAGAAAGAGGUUACUAACAUCAUAGCGUCAGCUGAGCCUAUUGAAAGUUUGCCACAAGAACUGUCUUCGACUGUAGAGGCAUCAAUUGAGAAAUCAAAGGAAUCUGAUGCGAAUGAAGGGAAAAUCUUCCCAUCUUCAAAUGAGAACAAUGAGAUGGCCCCAGUAGCAGCAGAUGGGGUGUUGAAUGUAACGAAGAAAAUAAUUUCACCACCAACAACUCUGGAUGAGAUUGUUGGAGAUUUAUCUGAAGAGGUGUCUGGUGGACCUGAGGAAAUAAAGCUGCCAUCUUCUGAUGUUUCGAAUGUAAUUGAAACAGAUAUCGUUUCAGAAGUUCGAGGAAUUGAGGAGAAAGUGUUGCCAUCAUUGGAUGAAAAUGGUGGGGAGCCUCCAGCUUUAGCAGACGUAGAGUCAAAGAGGGUUGAGGAAGCAAAAAUGGUUGCUUUGGAGGAUGACAAUGGAGAGUCCUCUGGCAUUGUUGAUAAAGAAUCUGUGGAAAGUGAUGAUGAUUCAUUGAAGCCAUCAAACAAUGCUUCUAUUAUUGGAAGCAGUGAUGGUUUCCCUGAGAGCACAGAACAUCCUCAUGUUAUAUCUCUAAAUCAGCGCACCCUGCAAGAUGCAUCUUUGAAGAGUUGCUGCGGGCUUUUUGAAGUUCUCCGGCGUUCAAAUGGGUGGCUCAAGAUAUGACAUAUAACUUCAGACAGCUACUAAGCUAUGAAGCUUGCGAAGCACAUAAUAUAUGGUUUCUAAAAUUUUCUGUAUAACAGUAUUGAAGAAUAAAAAUAUUUCAAGAUUACUGUAUGAAAUAAGUGUCAAAACCUGGUGGGCUGCUCAAGUUUGUUAUUUAUGUGGUGUGUUUGCUGUGGUUAACUGUUUGGUGGCUGAAAUCAACAUUAGUUUUUUCUCUA